GGUGAUCUAUUGACGUUUGCCAACAUUCUUGAGAAGGUGGCAUCUGCUACUCUCAUCGUACCAACAACAGAGGCGCUCGGUCAGCUGAAGUGGAAUUGGUUCCACAAAUCGAACGCUAUGUAUGAUUUCGAAAUCUUCAGCCAACUCGCCCGU